AUGGGCUCCCACUCUGACAGUUCCUCAGUCUCUGUUGCUGCUCACACUUUUGCUGCAGAAAUUCCUGACUUCCUGACGGAGGAAGAGUGCAAGCUCAUCGUCCAUCUGGCACAGCUGAAGGGGCUGCAGAAGAGCCAGAUCCUACCAACGGAUGACUAUGAGGAAGCCAUGGAAAUGAUAGAAAUCAGCCAGAUGGACAUUUUCAAUCUGCUGGACCACAAUCAGGAUGGGCAGCUGCAGCUCAAAGAGGUGUUGACCCACACCCGGCUUGGGAAUGGCAGGUGGAUGACCCCCGAAAACAUCCGGGAGAUGUACACUGCAGUCAAGGCUGAUCCUGAUGGGAACGGUGUGCUGAGUUUGGAGGAGUUCAAACGAUUGAAUAUCCGUGAUUUCCACAAGUACAUGGGAAGCCAGAAAGUGAAGAUGAGUGACUUGGUGCGCAACAGCCAGCACACCUGGCUGUACCAGGGCGAGGGGGCACACCAGGUCAUGAGAGCCAUACGGCAAAGGGUAAUGCGCCUGACUCGCUUGCCCCCCGAGAUUGUGGAGCACAGCGAGCCCCUCCAGGUUGUGCGGUACGACCAAGGAGGGCACUACCAUGCCCACAUGGACAGUGGCCCCGUCUUCCCCGAGACCGCCUGCAGCCACACGAAGCUGGUCGCCAAUGAAAGCGCUCCGUUUGAGACCUCCUGCCGGUAUGUGACAGUGCUGUUCUACCUGAACAAUGUGACUGGGGGAGGUGAAACAGUCUUUCCUAUAGCUGAUAACAGGACGUACGAAGAGAUGUCUUUGAUCCAGAACGACGUUGACCUGCGAGAUACUCGGAAAAACUGUGACAAGGGCAAUUUGCGAGUGAAACCUCAGCAAGGCACUGCUGUCUUCUGGUACAACUACCUGUCAGAUGGAGAAGGCUGGGUGGGGGAGCUGGACGACUUCGCCCUGCACGGGGGCUGCCUGGUCACCCAAGGCACCAAGUGGAUCGCCAACAACUGGAUCAACGUGGACCCCAACCGCCGGCGGCAGCUGCAGUUCCAGCAGGAGAUGGAGCGCUACGCGGGGGCGGAGGCCGGGGCCGGAGCCCCGGGCGAGUGGACAGUGGAUAAAGCCUACAGCGGGGUGCACCUGGAGCUGUAGGGUCGGGG